AUGUCUGCCCCUCCUCAACUGAUCCACAUCAAACGGAAGCGGGGCGAUGAGGAUGCGCCGGUCACCUACCUUCAACUUGAACCCGGGUCUAAACGACACUUGACCGGCAGCAGCUGGGUCUACCGGCGUCGCAUAGCAGCUAUCAAGUCCAGCUCCAGAUCUGGCGCAGGCUCGUUGCAUGGCCAUGCCCAGACGAAACCGAUUAUUCAGACGUCCAAACCUGGCGACGAGCUCUCGAGACCGAACCGCUCUCCUACCAAGUCCGCGACCAGUCCCACGCCGCCGAACGAUGUUCCAUCCGCGAGCGACCCAGUAGCCAAGGGGCAAGCAGCGCCAGCGGCAGUGCCCCAAGAGCCGCAGCAUCCUGCCAACCCUGUGACCGAGCCUAGGCGAUUUCACAUGUCCCGCUCCGCAAUGAGCUCUCCAGGCGGUAGCACGAUACUCAAAGCUGGUGGUGUGUCCAAACGGGGUCGGUACGGAACAGCAGUCUUUGUCGAGAGAGGGAAGAAGAAGACGGCGAAGAAACUGUCCGACAAGCUAGACACGAGGUCUGCUGCAGGAGCAACAGAGAUUCCUUCCGCUGCAUCUAUGGACGUCGAAAUGGGAGACGUCAAAACGCCAGCCCCUAAGAAGCCACUAGCUAAACGCCCUCCCCAAGCAGCUACUGCAGAUGUAGAAGCACAGCGUAGACCAAUGCCCAGCGUAGCACCUACCCAGGACAUGAGUAAGAUUGCCGCCGACAUGGAUCAGUGGGUACUCCACGAGAUCGGACUAAACCUCAAAUCGAUGGAGCAGCAUGCGCCGCCCCCAGCUGCUGCUUCGCCAUCGCGGUUUAAGCCCAAGGCCCCCGUCAAGCGCUUUGCUGAGCGACACCCGGAACUUGCGAAGGAACUUGACGGGGGUGACCGUGACGAGUCCAUGACUGACGCGAGCGACGGCGAAGAUGACGACGACGAUGACUAUGUUAUUGAGGUAUACGAGCUGGCGCCCUCGAAGCCUGUCCUGGCCAAUAUCCCGCCCGAGCAGAUUGGUGUGUUGCGGUUCGAUACUCAAGAGGACAUGGAGCUGUUUUACGGCAAUGAGGAUGACGAUGAUUCGGAUAAUGAUGAUGACGAGGAUGAGAAUGCGGAAAAUCACUAUACGGCCGACUACCCAGAAGACGAAGUGGAUUCUGAAGACGAAUACGACCGUCACGCCUACCUCUUCCGCAACGCCAAUGCUUCGGACGAAGAAGAGUACGACUUGCGCAACCAAGAGGAGGAUGAAGAUGAAGACAUGUACGCCAUGGAAGGUGACGAACGACGGGAUGAGGAAGACCUUUUCCAGGAGAAGAUUCGACGGUAUAUCCGCCAACAUGGAUCGAACUGA